GAACGGAGCGAAUAAUGUCAUUUGACAGAAACAGGGAAGAGAAAAAGUCGUUGGAAACAUCUAACUUUUAGCAUGUUUAUUUGCUAGGUAUUCAAUGGAUCUUUUUCCAAUUCGAAGAAGAAUGGAAGAAGAUGUUAUUUCUGAUGUCACGGUAACUGACGUGUACGACCAAGCUGCAGGAAUAGGAAAAGAAUUCGAAAAACUGAUAGAAAGUUACGGAGUUGAUGCAGUAACUGACUUAAUGCCAAAAGUGAUUAGAGCUUUAGAACAGUUAGAGGCCUUAGCGUCUAAAUACGAAAAAGAGAGUAGUGAAAUAAAUGAAUUGAGAUAUGCUGUUGAAAAACUUGAAACGGAAAAAGCAGAUAGAAAUCAAGAAAGAGUUAGGUUUGAAGAGGAAUUAAUACAGAUAGAAGAAACAUGGCAGAAAGAAUCGAGAGAGCAGAUAGCGUCGAUAGGCAGGCUACAGGAGGAGAAUAGACGUCUCAGAUCGUCAUUGUCUGAACAAAAACAAGCCGUCGUCGAGGAGGUAGCGGCAGUCACAAAACGAACGGAAGAGAAAGAGAUAGAAGUGUUGACAAAGUUGAAGGAGACGGUGGACAGACAGCGCGAAGAGAUCAGGAAAUAUAGUCGCGAGAUGAAACAGAAAAAUGUUGACGUUGAAGCUUUACAAGCACAGUCUGAGCGCCUUGUCAAAAUUAACAUCGAACUACGACGCAAAAACCAGUCUCACAAAAAACAUGCAAGAACUUUAAUAACAGAAAAGGUUGACCUAGAAACUCAACUGGCUGAAAAAGAGCAUCAAGUCUUAAAGGUUAAGGAGAUGAUAAAGGAACAAGAGAGUCUAGAUGAUCAUCAUGUCCCAGAGAGAAGACAUAACAGAGAAACUGAGGAUGUAGGCUUGGAGGGGGCAGAGGCACCAGAGGUAACCUUGGUUACAGAUGGUGGUAUACAAACAAAUGACAACUCUGAUCAUCUUCCAGAUAAACUUAGUCUGAUUGGCAAAAUUGUGAUUGAUAAACAGGAUCCUAACAGACCGAGGUUCACCCUCAAUGAACUGAGAACUGUUCUCAUGGAGAGGAAUGAACUGAAAGCCAAACUGAUGGAGGUGGAAGAGGAACUGGGAAUAUUCAAACCAAAAGAAGAUGGUAUAGAUGGUAAUUCAAAUGCCCUGUGUGAUGAACUAAGCAGUGCAGAUAAUGAUUCUAUGUUAUCUAAUGACGGAGAAGAGGAUGAGGACCUUCCAGUACAGGGACCAAUUAAUAAGGAACCGUUUGAUAAAAUACAUGGGAAACGGCCCUCAGGGAUCAGGCGAUUUUUUGAGGAGUUUAAAGAUAGGUUCAAUCUGCCCAUAGACAUAUUAGACUUUUGAUGUAAAGGUCUACUAUUUUGUCAGCUUUUCAUCGCUGUUUGGUGGUGAGUCGUCCAAGAGGCCUGCCCGUGCUAGAGAAGCUCUAGAGUGACUUGUACCUGGCGGCGACUUCCUAUCAAGUGUCUGUGAUAUUGCGCAAGAUUUAGAUAUCAACAUUGCCCCGAACUUUCAUAUCACUAAUAAAAUUUGAUUUAUAUAUAGCCUGUGAAUUAUAUUUUCCACUAACUAGCAUUUUCCUUCAGAAAAUAUGACAAAUUGGAAACAAAAUAUAAUAAGUGCUAUGCAUUAUAGUUUGUUAAUUGCAUUUUAGUUUAAUAAAUAUUAAAAUUUGUUCUUUAACUGACAAUUAUUUAUGUUUUUUUAUGCUACAUGAAAUGCAUUGAGUACACUACACUUGAAUUCAUAAAAUGUCAUAGUAGAAAAAACAUAAAUCAUGGAUGUAAGGCAUAAAAAAUUGUUUCCAGUAACAUGCUAAACAAAAAUUAGGGUAGGUAGGUUGGUAAAUUUAAAUUUUUUAUAUAUUUUUUUUUUUUAUUAAGUGGGACUUUUCGGAAAUUAUUUUCAUGUCAGAAAAUGAAUACAAAUAAGGGGGUUAUAUCUUUAGAGCAUCUAACUUCUCUGACCAUGUUUAAAGCAUAAAAAGUGCAGUUGUUGAAAAAAAAAAAUUCUCCAAGGCCAUAAAAACAUUUAGGGUUGGGCCAAAAAUUUAGGGUAGGUGUUGAUACGGAAAAAAACAUUUUUUUUAUGCCUAAAGGUAAUUUAACAUUCCAUUGAUAUUUAUAUAAGAUUUUUACUUUAACAAGCAUUUUUCAAUAUCAUAUUUCCAGAUGAAUUGUACUGAAUUUUCAUGUUUGGUUUACAUUUGGUCUUGAAAUCAAAUAGGUUGUGAAUUUAGGACUCUGCAAUUAUUACAUACAGAUAACCCCGUAUUAACGCCCCCCCCCCACGUUUUUUGGGGAAAAUAAAAUAAUCUUACCUUCAAAAAUUGGUCACGUCAACAGGCAUGGCACAAAUAAAUCUGUGUGUAAGUACUGAAUAUGCCACGCUAUAAACGCUACAGUAUUGAUCGAGUUAACUCUGAUGACGUCAGUCAGCGCGCGACUUUACACAGAUUCCCAGUACGAUUACGUAUCGGGUUAUGUCAGUGCAUCAAUUGGGAUGAAUAGGGGGGCGUUUAUACGAGUUACUGACAUUGUUUGGAUCAAAUUUUUCGCAAAAUGCAUCCCCCACGGGGGGCGUUUAAACGGGGUUAUACGGUACCUUGUUUCACUAAAAUAUCUAGCUCAACUACAUAUAGAUUUUGAAUAUUGCAUUCUAAACCAUAAAAUUUAAUAAUAUUAAAGUUUAUGAUUCAUGUCACAUGGCACACACCAUAACUUACAAUGAUACGUUUUCAAAAUGAGAAACUCAUUUAUUUUGGCCAUUUUUUCAUCUCAAAAUGCAAAGAUUGCUGUAGUUAGAAAGUUACAGAGAUAGUUAAUCCAGGGUAGGAAAGCCUGAUUCGAUCAUUUAAUAAAAUGUUGAACCAUUUAAUGUAAAAUAGCCAAGUGUUGCAACUUUAGUAUAUUGCAUACUAGUGAAGAAAGCAAUGUUGGAGAUGUAUUUUGUAAAAUGAAAAUUAUCAGUUGAUUUAAAUUACUGCUCUUCAAGAUAUAGUAUUUCGUGGGCUUAGUGCAAAACAACCGCAACUGUAUAUAAAUAAAGAAGAAGAUACAAUAGUUUUUCACUAAGCCCUCGAUGUAAGUGCAGACCAGUUCCAUUUUAAAUGUUUUCUCCUGUUACUUAGAAUUUUAGUUUAAAUACAAUUAAUCAUUUAACAUUUAACCAAGAUCAUUUGACUGUUUUUUUCUCUCAAAAUGUUAAAAGUGAUGUAAAAAAAAGUUUUUCUGUGUGUUUUUUUUUAUGUAUAUUUUAAGUGUUUCUUGUUUUUUUUUUUUUUUUUAAUCUUUUGGGGACAAGUCCUGUACAAUUUGGAAUGUGAAUUUUAGAGUUGUGCAAAAAAGUUAACUGGGUAAAAACCAGCUGUGAAAAAAGAAAUGGGAAUUCCGGCAAGUCCUUUCAUGGCAGGUAGGAAAAAGACUAACUAAUGGCAUAGUGCUUAUCAUACAUGAGAGUAUAUUGAAUUUCUAAUUCCACAUACACAGUGUGAUAUUUAUUCAAUAUAGAUUGAAAAAGGGGCCAAAUUGUAGAUAAUUAGCUGACAAAAUAGUAUAUUUUUAUACAAAAACAUGCAAUAUAUAUGUAGUUAGUUAGAUGUAUGUGAGUUUAUUGUGUAAUUGUUUUAUAUGUUAAAUUGUGUACUUCUGAUUUUUGUUACAGUUUGCUCACAUUGAUUAACAGAUUUUGUUGAUCAUAGCAAGUUUUCACCGUUCCUGUUUACUGGUAAAAGCUAAGUGUAUUUCUUACACGUCCCUGUUAUAAAAAUGGGACAUUGAAUAUGUUAUGGCAUUGUCCGUUCAUUAACUAUUUUGUGUCUAGGUUGUAUGUCAGAAUGUGUAACAGCUACAGAUUUCACUCUUUACACGAUAGUUAAAUACCUUUAGAGAAAAAUCCCUAUUGUUUUUAGCUCACCUGUCACAAAGUGACAAGGUGAGCUUUUGUGAUCGCGCGGUGUCCGUCGUCCAUCGUGCGUCCGUGCGUGCGUGCGUCCGUAAACUUUUGCUUGUGACCACUCUAGAGGUCACAUUUUUCAUGGGAUCUUUAUGAAAGUUGGUCAGAAUGUUCAUCUUGAUAAUAUCUAGGUCAAGUUCGAAACUGGGUCAUGUGCCUUCAAAAACUAGGUCAGUAGGUCUAAAAAUAGAAAAACCUUGUGACCUCUCUAGAGGCCAUAUAUUUUACCAGAUCUUCAUGAAAAUUGGUCAGAAUGUUCACCUUGAUGAUAUCUAGGCCAAGUUCGAAACUGGGUCAUGUGCCAUCAAAAACUAGGUCAGUAGGUCUAAAAAUAGAAAAACCUUGUGACCUCUCUAGAGGCCAUAUAUUUCACCAGAUCUUCAUGAAAAUUGGUCAGAAUGUUCACCUUGAUGAUAUCUAGGCCAAGUUCGAAACUGGUUCACGUGCCGUCAAAAACUAGGUCAGUAGGUCUAAAAAUAGAAAAACCUUGUGACCUCUCUAGAGGCCAUAUAUUUCACAAGAUCUUCAUGAAAAUUGGUCAGAAUGUUUACCUUGGUAAUAUCUAGGUCAAGUUCGAAACUGGGUCACAUGCCAUCAAAAACUAGGUCAGUAGGUCAAAUAAUAGAAAAACCUUGUGACCUCUCUAGAGGCCAUAUUUUUCAUGGGAUCUGUAUGAAAGUUGGUCUGAAUGUUCAUCUUGAUGAUAUCUAGGUCAAGUUCGAAACUGGGCCAUGUGCAGUCAAAAACUAGCUCAGUAGGUCUAAAAAUAGAAAAACCUUGUGACCUCUCUAGAGGCCAUAUAUUUCAUGAGAUCUUCAUGAAAAUUGGUCAGAAUGUUCACCUUGAUGAUAUCUAGGUCAAGUUCGAAAGUGGGUCACAUGCGAUCAAAAACUAGGUCAGUAGGUCAAAUAAUAGAAAAACCUUGUGACCUCUCUAGAGGCCAUAUUUUUCAUGGGAUCUGUAUGAAAAUUGGUCUGAAUGUUCAUCUUGAUGAUAUCUAGGUCAAAUUUGAAAGUGGGUCACGUGCCAUCAAAAACUAGGUCAGUAGGUCAAAUAAAAGAAAAACCUUGUGACCUCUCUAAAGGCCAUAUUUUUCAUGGGAUCUGUAUGAAAGUUGGUCUGAAUGUUCAUCUUGAUGAUAUCUAGGUCAAGUUCGAAACAGGGUCAUGUGCGGUCAAAAACUAGGUCAUUAGGUCUAAAAAUAGAAAAGCCUUGUGACCUCUCUAGAGACCAUACUUGUGAAUGGAUCUCCAUAAAAAUUGGUCAGAAUGUUCACCUUGGUGAUAUCUAGGUCAAGUUAUAAACUGGAUCACGUGCCAUAAAAAACUAGGUCAGUUGGUCAAAUAAUAAAAAAACCUUGUGACCUCUCUAGAGGCCAUACUUUUCAUGGGAUCUGUAUGAAAGUUGGUCUGAAUGUUCAUCUUGAUGAUAUCUAGGUCAGUUUUGAAACUGGGUCAACUGCGGUCAAAAACUAGGUCAGUAGGUCUAAAAUUAUUAAAAUCUUUUGACAUCUCUAGAGACCAUAUUUUUCAAUGGAUCUUCAUGAAAAUUGGUCAGAAUUUUUAUCUUGAUAAUAUCUAGGUCAAGUUUGAAACUGGGUCACAUGAGCUCAAUAACUAGGUCACUAUGUCAAAUAAUAGAAAAAACAACAUCAUACUCAAAACUGGGACAUGUGGAAAGAGGUGAGCGAUUCAGGACCAUCAUGGUCCUCUUGUUUAGGGCCUGUGACUCAGUGUUCAAGGUAACAUGGACAAAUAAAGAGGUCAGAUAUUCAACAGUUUUUAUAUGCCCAAAGGGACAUAUUAUGUUAUGAUGCUGGUGUCCUUCUGUCCGUUAGCAAUUUCGUGUCCGCUGUAUAACUCUUGAACCCCUUGAAGGAUUUCUAGGAAACUUGACACAAAUGUUCACCACACCAAGACCACGUGCAGAGCACAUGUUUUGGAUGUCUUGCUUCAAGGUCAAGGUCACACUUAGGAGUCAAAGGUCAUAUCAGUUUGUUUCGUGUCCGCUCUGUAACUCUUGAACCCCUUGAAGGAUUUCAAAGAAACGACACAAAUGUUCACCACACCAAGACAACAUGCAGAGCGCAUGUUCCGGACGACUCGCUUCAAGGUCAAGGUCACACUUAGGGGUCAAAAGUCAUAUCAGUUUCUUUUGUGUCCGCUCUGUAACUCUUGAACUGCUGAGAGGAUUUCAAAGAAACUUGGCAGAAAUGUUCACCACACCAAGAUAACGUGCAGAGCGCAUGUUCUGGAUGACUUGCUUCAAGUUCAAGGUCACACUUAAGGGUCAAAGGUCAUAUAUGACCUUGCUUUGUGUAUAAUGCUCUGCAUUGCCGUGCUCUUGUUUUUAUUUGGCAGAUCUCUUUUUUUGUUCACUUACAAUAAAUUUUUUUUUUAAUUACUUUCCUUUUAUGUUACUAUAAAUAGCUUAUUUUGAAACUUUUAUUAUUGGCCGUAGGAAAAAAUCGAGACCACUUUUCUGUGGUACAACAUGGAUGGUACCUCUAAUUUUUAGGUGUAUUUUUACAUACCUGUACCUGAUAAGGAUUUUUUUUUGUGGACUUUGAAUAUUUUUUUGUGAACUUAGAUUUGUUUUUUGAAGUUUACCUUUUGUUGUUCCACUCCUUUGGGCUACAACAGUCAAGUUCUUUAAAUUUUGCUCCCAUCCUAUGAUGUAAUCCUUUGGGCGUAUAUUGCCCCGCUUGCUGGAGCUCUUGUUGAAACUAUAUUUAGAUACACAUGUUAUAAUGCAAAAUAAAUAGAUUUGAAUAUGGAAUGAUUAAUAUGUAUCUUUUAGUAAUGUUACAGAAAAGAUUCGAAUGCCUGUCACUGCAUAUAUUAUAAACCCCACCAUUGUUUAAUGUCUGUGUUAUAUUGACCAUGUUAGUAUCUGUGUUUAAGUUUUGUAAAUUAAGACUGCUUUUCCUGAAAUGCCACCUGCUGGUAUCUUUUUACAAAAUGCUUGAACUAAUGAUGUAAAGAUGUGUUUUGAUUUUGGUUUUUCAGAUGCCAGUGUAGUUGAUUGUUAUGUGCAAUAUAUGAUAUACAUGUGAUGUAGAAGAUAAUCUAAUAGAACCAGUUAACUGACAUCUGUGAGGUUCUACUAGACCAGUUUACCUCUAGGUCUCUAGAGCAACAACCUCUGUACAAGUAAGAUGUUGCUGUCCAAAGGUUAUAUAUAUUAUAGAUAAGGUUAAUAGAUAUUAUCCUCCACAGACUGUCAAAUUCUCUUUUUUCAGUUUUGUUCACUUUUCAGGAGACGCAAAAAAAACUAAAUAAUAAUUUAUAUUUCAGAUUACACAACAACAAAAAAAUUCACAAGAUUAUUGAGCAACUUUCUGACUUUAUUAUUUAGGCAGAUAGUUAAAGGAUGUACCAGAGUUGGUUUUUUUAAACGUUUCCUAUAUCUGUUAUGGUCACUUUUCCAAAUAUGUAAUGUGGUUUUCAAAGCAAAAACCCACAAGAAAAUGGAAAAUCCUGAAUAGUUUUAAAUGAUCUUUCACAAUUUUCUGAUCGGCUAUUUGCCAAGAUAUUUUUCCAGCUGAUGAAAUGAAAGUGCAGGUGUUGGAUGCACAAAUUGAAAUUUUCUGGCUAAAAUUGGCAUAAAACUGUUUUCCCAGAAAAGUGAUGAUACAUUUUUGACAAAAAGAUAACAAAACAAGUACUUACAUGUAGGUUUAUGGACUAUUUUUGUUGCCAUUAAUUUAUGUGGUGAAAACAGUCAGUUGUUUGCUGAAUAAUUUUAUGUAAGCCUGUGAUUUUACCAAGGUUUAUUGCGAUAUUUUAUUUUGUUGCUUGUUUUGUUUUUUAUAUUGUUUUGAAACUUUAUGUAAAGUUGUUCAAGAUAUUGUUAAUGAUACCUUAGACUCACAUUAUGUUGUUAGAGGCAGUUGUUUAUGCCAGUUUGUAUAUGCUUACACCAUGCUGUCACCGAACUUACCCUGAACUCUUGUUUGUCAACAUUUUAAUCCUUACCCUGCUAAAUUUCUAUAAUGAACUGUUAAAAGGGGUACUUACCAAAAAGAUACAGACUGAAUGGCGAACAGUGCAGCUCUUGAUCAGAGUGCACUGAUGCGCAGGCUGAUCAUGAUCUACACUGGUCGCCAAGGCAGAAUCGGUCAUGUCCAGCAUAAUAAGGGUUAAGUCGCAAACUUAAACUUUAAACGGCUAAUUUUUCUUUUUGUGUUCUGUCAUUGUUAACUUACCAUAUAUGUAAUGUUAAAUGUGAAUGCAUUCUGCAGCUGAAGACAUCUCGGCAAAAUUUCAUCAGUAUAAUUAUGCAGUAAACAAAGUAUCCGUAAUUUGAAUAUAUGCUAUUCUUAAGUGUGUUCCAGAUUAUUGUUUUUUUUCAACAAUUUUUCACUCCUAUAAACAACAGUGUCUUAGUGUAGCAAUGAGCACAAUGCCCAACAUUAUAGUGUUGCUUCAGUAGAAUAUCACACUGUUGACACGUGACAUGAUACCUCACCCAGUCACAUUAUACUGACACCGGGCUGACCAGACCUAGUACUAUCUUCUUAAUUCUGAGUGCCAAGCGACCAUUUUUCACAUCUUUGAUAUAAUGUGGCUGUGGAGCAAACUCAUGACUUUCCACACUCGAAUGAGGCGCUCUACCACUAGGCUGCCGAGGCAGCACUCAAUGGGGUGCUCUACCACUAGGCUGUCGAGGCAGCACUCUAAUGGGGUGCUCUACCACUAGGCUGCCGAGGCCGCACUCUAAUGGGGUGCUCUACCACUAGGCUGCCGAGGCAGCACUCUAAUGGGGCGCUCUACCACUAGGCUGUCGAGGCAGCACUCUAAUGGGGCGCUCUACCACUAGGCUGUGGAGGGAGCACUCUAAUGGGGCGCUCUACCACUAGGCUGCCAGGCAGCACUCUAAUGGGGCGCUCUACCACUAGGCUGCCGAGGCGGCACUCUAAUGGGGCGCUCUACCACUAGGCUGUCGAGGCAGCACUCUAAUUGGGUGCUCUACCACUAGGCUGCCGAGGCCGCACUCUAAUGGGGUGCUCUACCACUAGGCUGCCGAGGCCGCACUCUAAUGGGGCACUCUACCACUAGGCUGUCGAGGUAGCACUAAUGGGGCACUCUACCACUAGGCUGCCAAGGCAGCACUCUAAUGGGACACUCUACCACUAGGCUGUCGAGGCAGCACUCGAAUGGGACACUCUACCACUAGACUACUGAGGCAGUUUAAGGUUUCUAAUUUUAAACACUUGAUGAAUACAGGUCCAUUUCUUACAGUAUAAUCAUCCAACUUUAUACUGUAAUUAUAAUGAAAAUAUUAAUAUUUUACAUCAUGUACAUAGUGGGAAAAUAACAAUAUUUACCUUUAGAGCAAUUGCGUAUAAAUCAAUUAUCAAGGUAGAAUGUAUAAUAUAUUUAACACUUACAGGAAUUCAAGCUUUAUAAAUAGUGUUCUCCCUGAUGAGUGGAUAUUUCAUUUCACAGAUUUAUAAUUCCUAUACCAGACAUCCCAACUCUCCCGAUCCGAUCGGGUUUCUCCCGAUUCUGGUUGUAAAACCCGAUCACCCCGAUCAGAAGUCUCAAUCUCCCGAUUAAAAAAAAAACAACAAAACAACAUAAACACACAAAAAUUAUGAAAUAAUCCACUUCUCUGCGCCUAUGUGAUACUGUAUCACUACUGACGAGUCUGUAAACAACAGCUUUCGGAUAUUUUUGCACCUUAUUCUACCCGUGCUGAUUAUUGUUUAUUACACGAUUUAACAAAGCCAGGUGUUGAUAAAUGUGUCACAAUUGAAAUUAAAAUCCAGACAUUAGAUAUCUAAUUAAAUUCAAUCAAAUUUAGAUUAGAAAUUAUACUGGCUUUUACCUUUUUCUGUAACUUUUUGAAAUCGAAAGUAGAUGGUCGCCGAGUCAACCUGCCAGGUUUUAAAAAACAUUUCUCUUAAAAUCAUUUUGAUAAGAGGAAAUGUCAUGGUUAAUUUUAAUAUCACUUACUAUCAAAUGCUGUUAAACUGUCUUUGCAUCAUAACAAUUUGUCAAACACAUCCUUUUAACUGGAGAUUUAGGCAAAUCUACGAAAGUGUAUCAAUACCCGGACAUUCAAUUUUGGAUAACAGGAUUUUGAUCAAUAAAAGUAUUUGAGCCAGGGGUUUUAAAUACUGGUUGACAGGGAUGAGAAUCAAACAGUAAAUUUUCUUUUGCUUGAACUUUUAUUCUUUUAGCUAUAUACAUUUUGUUUUUACAGUUCUAACAGCUGUACUGUUUGUCAUGUAAAAUUCACCUGGGGUGUCUUCUUUCCAACAAAAGAAAUAAAAGUGCAGGUUUAAUUAUCAGUGCUGUUUUGAAUUUAGACAUAGUGCUUAAAGUGCCAUAACUAUUUAAUUUUGCACAGAAGGCUUCAUGUAUUAUUGUUCCAAAACAUUAAAAAUGCAUGAAUAAUAAGAUAUAGACAAGUGAAUUUUUUUAAGACCAGUGAUUUUAUAAGGGCAAAUAAGUUUAUAUUAUCAUUAGAUUUGUUAAAAUCUUCGUUAUCACGAACAUUAUUACCGCGGUAUAAAAUCUCCCACUUGAACACCUCAAUCUCCCACUUUGGAAAGCAAAAACUCCCACUUGGCAUUCAGAAAAAGUUGGGAUGUCUGCUAUACUUGCCUUACACUGGGUUUUCAGUAAUACUUGAAAUAGAUGGUUUGGAAAAGAAAGUUGCUUUCAUUUUCUUCUAAACAUUGUGACAGUUUUCCUAAAUUAGAUGUGUCUUCAAAUAGAAAUAUCUCCAGACAAAGGAUUAACAAUUUUGUUCACAAUUUUACUGUUAACCAAACAGAUUUUCAGAUUUUUAUUUAGUUUUCGGAAGGCAGUCAUAUGUAGAAAUCGAAAGAAGAGGAUGUUUAGCAUGUGAAAAGUCCUUGUCUUAGAUCACUUUAAUUGUUACCUCAUCUGAGCUUUAUUUAAGAUGAGCUAUUAGUAUAGGUGGAUGGUCAUAUGUCAGUCCUUCAUCACUUUGCAUCAACAUUUUUAUUUAAAACUCUUACACUACACGUCAGAAUUACACCAUACUUGGUCUGUAACAUGGACCUCUCUCGAGUGUAUAAAUGGUUCUGUUUGACACCCCCACCCCCUCCCCCCACCCCCAUUAACAAGUUGAUGGAUUUUCAUCAAAUUAUUUCAGUAGCAUCCUUGAAUAAAUCUCUUACCAGAUUUGUUCAAAUGUUUCCACUUGACAUGUUAUACGGGCUGCCAAAGCUAAAAUAUAAAAAAAAAGCCUUUAAACAGUUCAUCACAAACCUCUUGAUAGAUUUUACCAAACGUGGUCUGUUGCAUCCAUGUAUAGACCUCUGUCAAGUAUGUUCCACUUGAUCCAUUUUAGGGACUGUAAGACCUAAAAAUAGAACUUCAAAUGACUUCUAUGACUUUUUAUGAACUGCUUAAUGAAUUUUCACCAAACUUUGUCUGUAAUUUCCUUGGUUUUCUUGACUGCACAGAGUUUUGGUUAGAGCUACAAAAAAAAAAAAAAUUAACAACUUCUCAUGAACCACUUUAUGGAUGAUUGUCAGACUUGGUCAGAAGCAUCCUUGCAUAGACAUUUCGCAAGUUUGUGUAAGUGGUUCCACUCGACAGCCUCUUCCUUACCUCGGUCGUAUAUAUCAUAUUUCAGGACAGAUGUUUCUUAUUAUUUUUGAUGUAAAUUGUUGCUUUUCAUGGUACAGUAUGUUUGGUCUAAACCUCAAGGUCAGGUGAGCGACUGUAGUGCCAGCAUGGCACUCUUGCCAUUUUUUCUGUACAUUUAUUCUAACACUAACCUGGAAAAUAUCUUAAUGUAUCAGUGUGGUAUGUUUUUUUUUUGAAAAUUGUUUUAUUUAGUUAAAGGCAGCCAACACAUGGGAAAUGAUACACUAUGGUUGUUCACAAAUACAGAUAAAAGUGUUUAAAUAGAUUUACUUUUGUAUGCCUGAAUGAUUGGUAUAUGAUUUGAAUAUCUGCAGUUACAUAAAGUUCAUGAUUAAAGAGUUAUACGCUA